AUGGUAUUAUUAGCAGCUUCCAUAUGUACUAAAGCUGGAAAACCGUUGGUAUCUCGUCAAUUUGUUGAAAUGACCCGAUCCAGAAUUGAAGGUUUACUAGCUUCAUUUCCAAAGCUUAUUGGAGGAUCUGGUAAACAGCAUACCUUUGUUGAAACGGAUACAGUGCGAUAUGUUUAUCAACCGUUUGAUAAAUUAUACAUGGUUUUAUUAACAACAAAAGCUAGUAACAUACUGGAAGAUCUUGAAACGCUUCGAUUAUUCUCACGUGUGAUACCCGAAUAUUGUAAAACUGUCGAUGAAAAAGAAGUUUUUGAACAUGCAUUCGACUUAUUAGCGGCAUUUGAUGAAAUUGUGGCAUUAGGUUAUAAAGAAAGUGUCAAUUUAGCACAAAUACGUACCUAUACAGAAAUGGAAUCCCACGAUGAAAGAGUUCAUGACGCCAUGAGACAGGUUCGAGAACGUGAAGCAAAAGAUACGAUGAAAAAAAAAGUAAAAGAAUUAGACAUACAACGUCGACAAAAAAAUAUAAAGCCUGGUGGAAUAAGCAGCAGUGGAAUGUCGUCGAAUAUGUACAAUAACUCAUCAAGUGAAGGAAAAAUUGAUGUUACACCGACACCGAUCACAUAUUCCAGUACUCCAUCGUAA